AUGCCAACGCACGACCCAAGAGCGCUCAGCGUCAAACAGAGUGACGUGCUAUACCAGUCUCGUGGCAAGACCUACAGUGCCGGUAAUUACGUGCAGCCGUCCAAGGCGAAAGCAUGCUGCCGUGCCAGUCUGCCAGUUGCUCUUCUCAGCCAGUCGUUGUCGAGUCGCAAUUUCGGGUCAUGGUCGCGUAGGUAG